GCGGACCAUGAGGCAUCGGGGUGACGGCGUUACCACGGGAGCGAGUGUCCGGCGGACAAAGGGAAGUGAGCCGUGUCCACUCAGUCCAACAGCGCUGCUUGCUGACAUGCCUCGAUCGGGCCGGCGACUCUAAACCGGAUGCAGUAUUACUCCAAUUUUGCAGUUUCUCUCGCAUUCAUUUGAAAUAGUCAUGAUCACUCCCAAUUUUGAAUUAAGUCAAGAUGCUAACUUCCUCACUAUUAUAAUCCAUAUCCCUUAUGCAAAAAUUAAUGAAGUUGACUUGUACAUUGAUGGAGUGGACUUCAAAUUUUAUGUCAAGCCUUACUUCUUAAGAUUGACUCUUCCAGGAAAGAUUGUGGAGGAUGGAAGAGAAACAGCUUCAUAUGAUGCAGAUGCAGGAAUUUUUACCAUAAAAGUUCCGAAGCAAAUUCCUGAAGAGUAUUUUGAGGGAUUGGAUAUGCUGACUGCACUUCUGGCGCCAAGGGGAUCAAGAUCUGCAAAGCCUCUAGUGGAAGAGCUUGGACCACCUGCUAAUGCUGAGAUUGAAGAUGAAGAAUUUGACUGGGAAAUUGAGCAAACACCCUAUGAGGAAUUUGAAAAGGAUGUUUUCAAUUCAAGCUAUUCCUAUGGUUUUGGAAAUCUACGAUCAGGAGUCUUCAGAAGAUUGCAGAAUGAACUCAGUGAUGUGAUUGACCUGAAGGAACCGGAUAGCACAACUCCAGUGGAACGUCGGCAAAGACGUCUGGCUGCUGAAGAGGCCAAGUUUGACUCUGACCAUUAUCUUGCUGAUCUCUUUGAAGAUGAUGCCAUUCGGCAUUUGCUGAAGUAUGAACCUUGGUGGCAAAACAUUCAGAGGGCAAAAGAAAAUGCCGAGGAAACAAAGACUGAGGAAAAUGAUUCGACAGAUUCAAGAGGACAGUGCGUCAAAUUCUCCGAGGAUGAAAAGGAGCAGCUGCGAAAAUUCACCAACAGAAACUACCUGCUGGAUAAAAGCUCUUGUCAAAUUGCCUUCAGCAGCCUGGUUGACAUACUGCUUGCCUAUGCAUAUGAAGUCCGCAGCACUGAAGGGGAAUCAAAUACCGAAUCGUCAUGGAACAUCUGGAAACUCAGUGGAACACUUUGUUGGCUUGAAACUUACCAUUCUCUUCAGGAAGUCGUCAUAUCCUUCAGCAGAAGAGUUUUGUGUUAUCCGUUUUACCGACAUUUCCACUUGGCUCUGAAAGCUGUUGAGGAUGCAGUCUUAAUACUUCAGUUGGGUAAGUCUGCUGUUUUGAAAUGUUUGCUGGCCAUCCACAAAAUCUUCAGGGAAAGUGACCCUGCGUAUCUCUUCAAUGAUCUUUACAUCACAGACUACUGCAUUUGGAUCCAGAAAGUGAAGUCAAAGAAGCUUGCUUUGUUGGCUAAAUCUCUACAGAAUGUAAAAGUCAUGAAGAGUGAUUUGGGCUUUGAACUAAGGGAACUGGAGGAAGCAGCAUUAUUAGUUCAACAGGAAGAGAAUAAGAUCAAACAAGGGAAGACUGACCCCCAACUAAUUCAGUCAGAGAGUGAGACAGAGGACGAUGAGGAAUCAACCAGCUCCUCCUCGGAUACAGGAGAAUCUGAUCUGUGUGAAAGUGAUUCGUCUAACCAGAGCAGUUCUGAAGGAACACGGAGAAAUGGAUUGCUUCUUGGAAAAGAGGCUGACUAUGUAACUGAUAUUCAAGUUAAGGAGCCUUUGAUCAAAUUGAGUUGUGGCAAAGAAGCUGUACACAUGGUGGACACGCAGUAUCCAGACAAAUGUGCUUUGAGGGAAGAUCCCACUGCUAAAUCACCCCCAAGAAGAUUGAUAGAAGAACUUGCAGAUCAGUUGCAGUCAGUGGGGCUUUCGGAGCACUGUGAAAAAUCUGCUAUUGAGAAUUCUAAUGCUUCAGAGCACAAGCAAACAAGCCAGCCUGUUCAGAGUUUGGCACAGUACCAGCAUUCACAGACGACCUCACAGCAGACUUUCUUAGAGGUGUCUCCUGAGAGGAAUUGCCUGCUGCUCGUUGCAGGUCCUGAUAAUACAGAGGAUUUUACAAACCUGGCAUGAGUCCAGGUUGCAUGCUAGAGAAAAAAAUAAACUGAUUUACAUGUGUAAGCGUCUGAUGUUAGUUAAUGUACUUGCUAAAUCACUUCAGAACAGCAGAAUAUGCAGCUAAAGCUUUGAGAUUUUCUCAUAUAUUACUAGAUUUAUCUGUACAUGAGUAUCUUAUUCUAGUAUUAAAACAAAACUUGUAAUUGCUGUC